CCCCUUAAUUUACACGCAAUUCUUUCCUAAUUAUUUUUUUCAUAUUCAUAACAUAAGAAUAAUUUUUGAUUUUUUUCAAUCAAUUAAAUUAUAUAUUUCAAAUGAAUUUCUUCAAAUCUAUAUUAUUAGACAAUAAUGAUCCUGAGGUACAAAAUAUAGAUACAGAUAAUAAUAAUCAAUCUCCAAAUCAUCAAAAACCUGAAGAAGAAGAAGUUGAAAACACGAAGUUGCAUUCCGGUGAAGUUUCCGGCGGUGGCGGUGGAUUGUGGAGCUUUGGAGAUCUGGUGAAAACUAUAUCGACUAGAUCGGAAUCAGUACUUGAAACUUACCGGCGUGAUCUCAAGGAAUUCGGAUCCGGAUUGCGAAAAGAAUCCGAUUUGUUUCGUGAAGUUGCCAGCCGUGCUGUUAAGGAGCUGCCUGAAGUUGGAGCGUCGGCGAUUGACGGUGUUUUGAAGUCCACGGCAGAUGUUUUUCGAGAAACUUCUAAUGUUGAUGAUUCAGAUACUUUGGAAACAGUUCAGAAUUCAAGAGUGUACAGCCGUUUUGAUUCUCAACUGAAUGUAAUUCAAAGUGAUAUUAAGACUUACCGUGACGAUCCCGAGGAUGUGGAUGAGUAUAAUAAGUGGAAGAUAGGGUUUGUGUUGAGUGAUAAGGAAAGUGAAAUUGAGAAACUGAUUGGAGACAAUGGAAAUGUUGAAGGAAUUUAUAGAAAAGUUGUUCCAGAUGAGGUUGAUAGUGGAACAUUUUGGUGCCGGUAUUUUUAUAGGGUGUAUAAGCUUAAACAACAAGAGGACUUGAGGGCUAAUUUUGUGAGAAGAUCGCUUAACGUGGAUGAUGAGGAAGAAUUGAGUUGGGAUGUCGAUGACGAUGAAGAAGAAAGUGAUUUGCCUGAAACUGGAAAGAAACAUAGUUCUCUUGUUGCUGAUGAUGAUAUGGAGAAGAACAGUUAUGUUACUAUUGUUGACAAAAUUAAUUUAGAGGCGGCAAAACCAAGUGAUGGAAACGCAUCUGAUAUGAAAGUUGAGUCAGUGCCAAAAACCAUUGAAAAUCAUGAUAGUAUUGAAAUUACUGAUAAAGAUGAUCUUGAAGAGGAUGUAAAGAGGGAAACGGAUGUUGCUAGUGUUGAUAAGGACACCAAGGAUGACCUCAAACCAAGUGGUGGAAAUAUGUCUGAUGAAAAGGUUGAAUCAGUGACAAAAAUCGAGGAAAACCCCAAGACAUCAUCACAGGAGGAAGAAGAUCUUGAGUGGGAUGAAAUUGGGGAUAUUGGGGACAAUGAUGAAAAUAGCAUUUCACAUAGUGAAACCUCAAAGAAAGGUGACGUGUUUAAGCGGUUGAGUACUCCUCAAGAAGAUGAAGAUUUAAGCUGGGAUAUAGAAGAUGAUGAUGAGCCUGUGAAAGCUAAUAGCUGUAAGUAGUUCCUGUUUGUAUUCCAUUGCUUGUAAUCACUAAUAGAUUUGUUAUAAUUGUAUUUACACUAUCAUUGUUUUAUGGCAGCAUAAUUGAAACAUAAUCAGUUAUUUUGUUAUUUUUUUGAAAUUGAGUGAUCGGUUUUUGUUGAUAA